UCCCCAGGCGCAGGAGUGCGCCUGCGCAAAGGCGCUCCCUUCCCCUCCGAGGCACCCAGGCAGGGCAGGGCAAGGCAGGGCAAGGCAGGGCGAGGUAAGCUGAGCGGAGGAGCCGAGAUGGGGCGGCGGAGUGGGAGUGGGAGCGGCGCUGGGAGCCGCGCACUCUGAGAGAGAGGACAGCCCGCGCGGGUGCCAGGGGCUGCUUCUGCUGCUGCUGCUGCUGCUUACCUGCCGGCAGGUGCGCCUCUUCCUCCUCCUCCGCCGCCGCCGCCACGAUGCUGGGCAUGAACGCCAAGCACCCCUUCGGCCUCCCGCUGCCGGAGGCCCCCAAGUUCCCGCCGGGCCUCCACGCCUGCCUCUCGGCCCCGCAGCUCCAGGGCCAUAUAUUCGGCGGCUUCGAGGAGAGCCUGCUGGUGGCGGCGGACCUGCUCUCCUCCUCGUCGUCCUCCUCGUCCUCCUCGUCGCAGGGCAAGAGCCAGCAGCAGCAGCAGCACCCCUUCCAGGCCAUGAGCAGCGGCGGAGGGCACCCCCAGCACCCCCUCCAGCACCCCCACCACCACCCGCACCACCCUCACCCCCACCAAGGCCUCGACGGCGACCUGCUGGAGCACCUCACGCCUUCCGCUUUGAUGGGCGGCCCCGACCCGGCGCUGCACCCGCACCUGGGCCACCUCCACCCGGCUGCCAUGGCUGGCAUGGCGCAGCCCCCUCCGCCCCCUCCCCCGCCUCCUCCUCCGCCUUGCUUGGGCGACGUGGACUCGGACCCGCGGGAGCUGGAGGCCUUCGCGGAGCGCUUCAAGCAGCGGCGCAUCAAGCUCGGUGUGACCCAGGCGGACGUCGGGGCGGCGCUGGCGGAGCUGAAGCUGCCCGGCGUGGGCUCCCUCAGCCAGAGCACCAUCUGCCGCUUCGAGUCGCUGACGCUCUCGCACAACAACAUGGUGGCCCUGCAGCCCGUCCUGCGCGCCUGGCUGGAGGAGGCCGAGGCCGAGGCGGCCCAGCGGCAGCGGAGCAGCAACGCCAAGGCCGGCGGCGACGGGGGGCUCUUCGGCCUUGGCAUCGGCGGGCAGGCGGGCGGCGGGGCGGAGCGGAAGCGGAAGCGCACCUCCAUCGCCGCGCCCGAGAAGCGCUCCCUCGAAGCCUACUUCGCGCUCCAGCCGCGGCCCUCCUCCGAGAAGAUCGCCGCCAUCGCCGAGAAGCUGGAGCUCAAGAAGAACGUCGUCCGCGUCUGGUUCUGCAACCAGCGCCAGAAGCAGAAGCGCAUGAAGUACGCCGCCGUCCACUGAGCCUCCGGGGCCUCCGGGACACGGACCCACGGGCGCACGCAGAGGGAGAGUGACACGCGUGGGAGACGCGCAACUCGGCAAGGAGACCUGCCCCGCAGCAGGGGACUCUUUCGUGGAGAAGAGACAGACCUGUGUACAGGUAUACAGAGACAUCAGAGAGAGAGAGAGAGAGAGAGAUAAAUGCAUCAAAACCUAGAUGGCCCAACUGGGAUCCAACUCCGAAGGAGAUUCGUGCGCCUCUGCUUUUUUCCUGGCCCAGGAAAGACUCCGCCGUGGGCUUCGACGCUUCCACCAGCAAAAAGAAAGAAAGAAAGAAAGAAAGAAAGAAAGAAAGAAAGAAAGAAAGAAAGAAAGAAAGAAAGAAAGGCAAAGGGACACACUUGGAUGUUGUCCUAAGACACACACACCCAUGGAUAUCUGAAACAAUGGAUAAUAGAAAACUUUAUAAUUUCACUAUACUUACUUGACCCAGAAGCAUGCCACAAAACCACACUGGAGGAUCUAGAGAGGUCCACAAACACUUCCAGGAGGAAAGAAAAAAAUAUUUUUGGAAGCAUGGAUUAUGAACACAAGAACUUCAGAAGUGCUCUGCUGGAUCAGAUCAAGGGUCCGUCUAGUCCAGCAUUAUGUUUACAUCAGUUGGGCACAUACCUCUGGGGUGCCUCUUAAGAAUAUCAGAAGAGCCCUACUGGAUCAGAUCAAAGCCCUAUCUAGUUUGCUGUUGUCUCGCUCAAUGGCUAGAAAGUUGCCGAUGGGAAGCCCACAAGCAGCACAAGAGCGCAAGAACUCCCUCCUUCAGACGUUCCCCAGAAAAUGUUAUACAGAUACUUGAGACCAAGGAACUUUUUGUUGCAAAAGUGUGGCCGGCCACAAGAACCACCCACAUCAGUGAAGAGAAGCAAUCCUGACAAAGCAGCUCAGACAAACGCUAAUUAAACUGAUCUGGGUUCUAUGCGGCAUGAUCCUUUGCUCAAAGGGAGGAUGUGAAGCAGGCAUAAGGAGCAGCACAGCGGAGGAAACGGCAGAGCAGAAGCACCUAGACACAUCAAUUAUGCAUAUAAUGCCAGCAGCAACAAAGGGGAAAAGGGACCAGGACGAGAAGAACGGAAUAUCAUAAAGCUUUUUAAUGGUCUUUUUCUAUUAGCAUCAGAGCAGUGACCAUGUUUCAAGGAGGUGGGAGUUUUCCAAAACUCAGAUGGAAUUCAGUGACAAAAGCAAAACUGUGUUUCACUGUCUCCUCCCAAACCCCCCACACAUGUGCUAUUGCAACUCAUGGUCUCAGAAGUGGAAUAUGAUUGGCAGGGCUGUGUGGUUGGUGCUACUGAAAGACCUUCUUUAAAGGCUCUCCAAAGAAGACAUGCAGAGUGGCCAUGCCAGCUGCGGGAUUUUGGGAAUUGCAGUCCAAAAGUCUAGGAGACAAGAUAUUCCUCAUCUCAUCACAAGGGCAGAACCAGUCAACAUUCUCUCCCAAUUUCCUUUCUGCUGAUCCUGAGAGGCUGCUUCUGAAUUUCAUCUUCUCCAGAGACUUUUCCAGCUCCGGCAGCAGUGUGUCACCUGCUGUAGAUGUGGCAGUUGAUGAAGAAAAGAAAACGCUCCUUGGACCCCAGGGGCCCCUUUGAACAAGAGAGUAGCAGAGUGGAUUGUUCGAUCAGUACAGACAACUGACAACCACCCUCUGAAGUGUCAACACUCUUGUAGUUCUAGUGGUUUUAAGCAAAAUACAUGAAUAAAAAUGAAAGGGAGCAAAGCAUAAUAUCAAAGGGAAAGCAACUGAGAACUGUUUUUAUCAGAGUCCCAUCAAAAGCUCCCUCAGUAAUUCUGAUUAUUCAAGUUCUUUCCAGGUGGGAAAAGCAGGCAGAGAAAAGAUCACAAGUCAGCAAAGUGCAUGAGAGCAGAGUUGAACUGGAUCCCUGCCUAACUGACAAGUGCCUAUUUCACAAUUCUUAUACCUUGGCAUGCUUCAUAAAAAUAUGACUAAUAGCUUGCAUUCAUGAAGAAUUUGGUGUUCUCGAGCCCAUUGAUUUUUGUUCUAUCUCUGAUUAGCAUUGGUGUAUUUUGUUGACAUUUUAAGCAUACCUGCUAGAAAGCAAAUCCUGCUGAAAUUAAUGGUCCACACCAGCCCAAUGACCUCAUUUGGCUACAUAAUAAACCCACACUGUUUUGUGAACCCUUGCUGGCUGUUGUACACUAAUGUGGAUGUUUUGUUUAGAUUUCUGAUAUUACAGAAUUUGGUCUGAUUAUGUGUAGUUUAACUUAUUGAUGUCAGGUUUAAUUUACUGAUGUUAGGUCUUAAUUUGAUGUUAGGCUUUAAUGUUACUUUUAUAUGUGGGGGUUUUCUGGGAUUUUAUGUUAGUAUCGUGUGUUUUAUGUAGGCAUUGAAUGUUUGCCAUUGUUAUAUUUAAUUUAUAUAAUUUAAUUAUAUAUUAUUUAAGAUCUACUGGGGAGGCGUCUGGUGGGGACGAGGGACAGGGCCUUCUCAGUGGUGGCCCCCCGCUUGUGGAAUUCGCUCCCCAGUGAGAUUAGAUCGGCGUCCUCCCUCCUCACUUUUAGGAAAAAACUCAUGGUUUUGGAGCCAGGCUUUCAGCUAGUGGACAUAGCAGCACUUUAGACUCUGAUCCGGACCACAGGAUUAUGACAAUUGGAAACAGAUAUGUGAUUUUGAUAAGGCGACUAUGUUCGUAUAUGAGUAUGUGAUUUUAAUUAAUGUCAUUGUUGAAUUUUCUGUGUAUUUGAUUUUAUGUUGUUGUACUGAUAUUAUGGCAUUGAAUUGUUGCCCAUGUAAGCCGCCCUGAGUCCCCCCCCCCCCCCGGGUGAGAAGGGUGGGGUAGAAAUGAUGUAAAUAAAUAAAUAAAUAAAUAAAUAUUGCAAUCUGCCCUGAGUCCCUUUGGGGGGAUAGGGCGAAGUACAAAUAAA